AGUAUAUAGGAUGCGCUAGCUGCGAUUAUUAUUUUUUAUGAAAGACUUUUAAUUUUUUAAUUAGCAUCAUUUUUUCAUAAUAUAUCAUUUUCUUACAAUUUAGUUAAAGAAAUUUUUGUACAAAAAUUUAAUUUUAAAUUCUAAAAAGAAAAAAAAGCAAACAAAAAUAUUUCGUACGGUUGCGGUGAAAACGAGGGAGCGAUGAGAGAAGCGCCAGUGUAACAUGGCGGAGUGAUGUAUUAUUUUGUUCGUUCUUCUGCGAGUAAAUUUAUUAAAGAUUUGUAAAAUUUUUAAAUUGAAUAAAUAUCUGUUGUUAUAUGAAUUAAUAUUUUAUAACUAAUUAUAUACAUUCUAUCUUUUGAUACAUUUUUUUGUUAAUAAUUAUCAAAUCUUACAGAGUAAAUUUAAUUAUUUUACUUUGUGCGCAUCGUGAUUGCCGAAACCUUUUUUCAUUCAGCAAACAUGGUUUCGAUUUCUGCUUUGUCUAUUAAAUUUUUAAUGUUAUGUGGUUCUUUGUGAAAUACUUUUUAGUGUUAACUUUAAGUUUGAAUAAAUCAUGUCAUCGAUGCAAAAUAAAAUGAGAGGUCCGGGGCGUCCACCAAAGUCUAAGAGCUCUUGUACUUGGUGUGGGGAAACCAAACAACCUCUUAAAUAUGUUUUACCAACUCAACGUGGGAAAAAAGAAUUUUGUUCUGAAACUUGUUUAUCAGAGUUCAGAAAAACUUACGUUCGAGGUACCUGUUUUCGUUGUGACAAUGUGAUUCAUUGGAAUGGUCCACCAUUCAGAUUAGAACAAAAAGAUGGUCCAAACAAAGAUUUUUGUUCUUCGUUUUGUUUAAACAAGUAUCAAAAACAGGAACUUGCAGCUGAAAUCAAGAAAAAUUUAGGUGAACAAUCAUCUUCAACAACACCACCAGCUUCCUCUGAACUUCCUAGUAGUAGUGGUACUAUUCAAUCAUUUCCAACAAAUAAUGGAACCACUAAUUCUGCUAAUAAUACCUCAACAAAUACAUCUCACGCACCAUCAACAUCUACUGGCCCCUUUCAAUAUGAAACUUAUCAAACUUUUGACUGGAAUUCAUAUCUAAAAGAGACUAACAGUAUCGCAGCUCCUGCAGAGUGCUUCAAACAACAUACAACUCCUCCAACAAAUGAUUUUAAAAUAGGAAUGAAAUUAGAAGCUUUAGAUCCGAGAAAUUUAACAUCAACAUGUAUUGCAACAGUGGUUGGAGUGUUAGGAUCUCGAUUAAGACUUCGUCUUGAUGGUUCAGACAAUAAAAAUGAUUUUUGGCGAUUAGUGGAUAGCAAUGAAAUUCAUCCUAUAGGUCACUGUGAAAGAUCUGGAGGAAUGCUUCAACCUCCUCUUGGUUUUCGUAUGAAUGCGUCUAGUUGGCCAAUGUUUUUAUUGAAAACUUUAAAUGGAGUUGAAAUGGCUCCUGCAAAGAUGUUUAAACGUGAACCAAAAACUCCAAGAGGUAAUUUAUUCAGAGUUGGUCACAAACUUGAAGCAAUUGACAAGAAAAAUCCACAAUUAAUUUGUGCUGCAACUGUCGGUGCUGUGAAGGAUGAUUUAAUUCAUAUAACAUUUGAUGGAUGGCGAGGAGCUUUCGAUUAUUGGUGUAAAUAUGAUUCACGAGAUAUUUUCCCAGUAGGUUGGUGUUCUGAAAGUGAUCAUCCACUCCAACCACCUCGCCAAAAAGCUGCAGGACAAAACAGGUUUAAGUCUCGAACGUCUAAUGUACUUCCAGUGAUGGCUGUUUCUGGAAAUGGAGCAAGUGGAGAGCCUGCUGUUGCUCUUGUAAGUCCUGCAGGAUCUAGUGCUCCUCCACAACCUGCUACUGAACCAGACACCAGUACAGCUAAUAAUAAACCAAGAGUUCUUGAUAAAGUGACUCUUUAUGUCAAUCAUAAUUGUUCUUGUGGACCUUAUUUCGAUCCUAAAAAAAUUAAAGCAACUCCUCCACAAUUUGGAAGUGGAACUAUCUCGAAUGUUAUCAGAGAUGUUUUUCAGACAUUUUUAAUGGCUGCUUUGAGUCCUCGACAAAUGUUAAGUCUCUUAAAACACGGCGAAGGCGAGAGUAUAACAUUAACUUUUGAUGGAAAACCAAUGACAUUUCGGUUGCCUGUAUUCCUUGAAGAAGAGGAUUUUUAUACGUAUAUAAAAAGACAGUUGGAAGAUUUGUGUGCUUGUGAACGAUUAUUAUGUAAGAGACAGGAAACUUGUGAUAAAUGUCCUAAUCCUUCCCCUUCAACUGCUGCCAAGAGAGACGAAAAUAAUGAGUCAACUGCAGAAAAACGAAGAUGGUCAUCAGAAAAUUCACAAACAACUUCCUCUACAGUUGGUUCUGCUACUCAGCAGCAAAAAAAUCAAUCUACACCAUCACCUACAAAUGUUGAUUCAACUUUAUUAGCUCCUUCGCCGGCAAAACAAGCGAAGAAAUCAGUUUUAGAGUUAGAAGCAGCAACAUCAACGACACAAUCUGAAAGCCCUGCAAGCCGUAUUUCCUCUACAGAACCAGCAGAAUGGACAAUUGAAGAUGUGAUUCAUUAUAUCGGAGUUAUUGAUCCUGUUCUCGGACAACAUGCUGAUCUUUUUCGCAAACAUGAAAUCGAUGGCAAAGCAUUGCUUCUUUUAAACUCCGAUAUGAUGAUGAAAUAUAUGGGUUUAAAACUCGGACCAGCUUUGAAAAUCUGCAAUUUAGUUAAUCGUAUUAAAGGGCGGAGACAUGUAACCCUAUGACUUGUUAAACUAUUCAAAUGAAAUCUCAUUACAUCAAAGCAAUGAAUUGAAAGUUAGUAUAACAGUAUUACUUUCAAUUGUUCAAUAAUUCUUGUGAAGACAUAAAUACAAAAGUAAAUAAGAGAAAGAGUAAAAAAAGAAGAUUUAUUUACACAUAAAAAAUUUAGUGAAAAAAAGACAAACAAGUGAAUCACAUAACUUACAAACUUGUCAUUAAGUAUUUCUGAUAGUCUAUAUGUUUAUUAUCGAACAUUAUCUAUUUUCAUGCAUUAUAAAUAGUAAUGAUAGAUGCGAUGAGUCAGUAUACUGGUAUGUAUACGAUAAUUUGUGAAUUUUUCUUGAUUAUUAAUAAUGUAUUUAAAACUCGUUCUAUAUUAAUAGAUUGAUUUCCGUAUGCACAGAUAAUCAAUGAAAAACUUGAUACACCUUCGAGCUUUCUUUCAAACCAUUAUUGAAUUAUUUAUGUAUUUACAUUUUUACACAUAAUAUUAUUUUUUAAAUAGAUCGUGGAGCACAUUGAAAAUAGAAAAAAAAUUCUAUAAUUUGAUUAAUUAAUUUAUUAAUUCACAUAUAUAAUCGCAUGAAAUAAUUUUAAUAUUAAAUCUGCAAUGUGAACAUUUAAAAUAUUGUAAAUGGCCUAUUAUUAUUUUGUUAAUUGCAAUAUCGUUUACAAGUCAGUGUACCAUGAUUUUUAUUCAAGUCGUUUAAACACCUGUAAAUAACUAGAAGUAUAAAUAUAUAUGUAUCUAUAUAUAAAUACAUACUAAUUAGUAACUUGAGAAAUUAAAUAGUAAUUUUUAAUAAUAUGUAUUCAUAGCU